GGGGUGGGAUGAGAUGUUCCGCCGGCAAUCGCGCGAGAUGACUAGAUGUUCGAUUGCUUGCUUGGUCGCGGGCUGUAGGUAGGGGUCUUGUCCCGGGAUGACUUGAUGGGGUGGGAAGUACAUGUUAUGCUCUCUAAGACUAUUUUCUAUAGGAUGGGUAGUUUGUUGUGUUCGUACUGCACUAGUGGAAAUUUUUACAAUUAAGGAGAUGGGAAUCCCCCCCAUACAUUGGGACUGUGCAGUCGGGGGCGAUAGUGCAGCGAUUGGUACGACUCUGGGGGAGGCAGGGACCCAGGAUGAAUGCCUGAUUUGGCUUUGUUCCUCAUGCACGUUCUCCUGCAGGUCAGUCCCAAAAAGCAACCCAACCAUGUGUCAAAAGAUCAUCCCUGCAAUCUGCAGCCGAGCACGGAGAGAACAGGAAUCACUCGAGCAAACAAGCAUGUCGCGGACAAAGGAUACAGCAGACAGACAGACAGACAGCGGAUUCCAGGCUAAGAAAACAACACAGCAGCAUAUAUAGAUGGACAGCGUCGCGGCAAACAAGGCGGACAGGGGAAACAGCGUGACAUGAUUCGAGGAAAAGCAAAAAAAAAAAAAAAAAAGAAAAAGAAAAAGAAAAAGAAAAAGAAAAAGAAAAGGGGACAUAAUGACAAGGACCUAGAAAACCACCGAUAUAUAUAAAUAAGUCACACUGAAGGAGACAUACGCGCGCAGAGCGACGGAACUGAAAGCCAGCCUUUAAUCGCCCAGCGGCAUUCCCUCCACUUGGUCGCUUAGUGACCGCCAA